AUGGUGAUGGUGAUGUUGAUGAUCAAUUCGGGGCCACGGCCGUUUUGGCGAAAUCGAAUUCGCGUUACCCUGAUCCAUGACAAAGAACACGCGCCUCGAAUUGAGGUCCUGGACAAACGAAAACCGGUCGUUUUAAACGGCUGGGAUCGUUUGGAAGCAGACGAAUACGCGGAACUGGAAUCGCAAUCCACAUCCCGUCUUUCUUCACCGUCCAACUCAGGUGUUCCGCGUGACUCGUUGAUCCCGAUCGGUGUGCGAGAAUACAUGACACAAACCACACUGCCGAUUCGAGCCUUGAAUGAAGUGUUUAUCGGCGAGGCUUUGAGUGCCAGAGUCUCAGAAUACGAUAUUUCAAUCGACGGGGAGAAAUACGUUCGACAGAAGUCGAGCGGAGUGACCUGUUCCACCGGUACCGGUUCAUCCUCGUGGUUGUAUCAAAUCAAUCGGCUGUCCACAGAGACUGUGGCGGAUGUUCUCGCUUGUACUAAGCGUGUAGUGUUCGAACACAAACAGAAAUUGCACGAGGAAGAAGAGAAACAGCAUCGGCAUCGGCAGCAGCAACCAGAACAUGAGCCAUCCAUGAAUGUACGAAGUUACUCGUUCCGAGGUUCACCGGUUUCCGUGUCACGGGCCACAGAAACGCACGAGUUGGACGAAUUGCAAGGUUGCAUUCCCUCGUUGGCACACAAAGUUGCCGAACUGUACAACGCUUCCAUUCCGAUUCGACCGGAUGAUACACGGAUGGCCUACGUGGUUCGUGAUCCGCUUUCCGUGUUCAAUGUGUCCAAACCACGGGGUCUGGCCAAACAAAUACAAAUUCGUUCCACAAUGUUGGAUGCACAUGUGGUGUUCGAUGCGGGAUGGAUGUUUCCUUUACGCUACGGUGAUGUUGUGGAUCUAACUAUCGUUCCGUCGGAUGCACUUCGUUGUAUCUCGCUUAUGGAUCACAGUUAA